GGUGUAAACCUACCACGUGACUGCAGUGUUAUAAAAAGGUGAGUAUCUGAGAGCAGGAGAGCGAGAGACCAGUCGGUUCUUCUACAGUUAAAGAUCACUAAAAACAGAUCUCCUGUGUUCAUCUCACUUCAUCCACUGAACUUCAACAUCAAUUUCCAGCAGCUUGUGAUUUCUGAUAUCCAUCACACACACUCGUCAUCACACUCUUCCUCAUCACACACUCGUCAUCACACUCUUCCUCAUCACACACUCCUUCACCGUGUGUCAGGAUGCAGCUCCUCUCUCUGGUGCUCCUGCUCUCCUCUUUCUCCUCACCGACCCUGACAGAGGUUGUUACUUCAUUUCAAAAUUCCUGUCCUAACUUCUUCAUCCGGAACCCGAAAAAAACAAAUGACAUCAUCGUCCCCACUCUCUUCACUGGACAUCAGUAUAAGACGAUUUGCCAGCGCUGGGAAAACAAAUACAGGUUUGCCACCGAGUACGACACUGUGAGGAGGAUCCCUAUUUUCUCGGCCUACACACUCUUAAAGGCAGGAACGACUAUCCGCAGCGAUGUGUGGAAAAUUGAACCUCAGCUGGAAGAUAUUAAAGAAUAUAAAGACAAGAAAAACAUGAUUGAUUCCCCGAGAGAAGGAGGAAAGAUAGUUAACCAGGCCGUGGACUCUGAUUAUUCAGGUACAGGGUUUACUAGAGGUCACGUGUUUCCACGACAGUUUGCUGCUGAUCAGGAUCAAGCAGAUUCCACCUUCACUUUAACUAACGUAGCUCCACAAACACAGGACAGCAACCAAAAAUGGGCUGCACAAGCGGAGGAACCGAUGCUUAAAGAAAUAAACCAAGACUGUAAACUCGACCAAAAUAACCAGGCGUACAUUGUGACCGGAGUCGUCCCAGGGAGGAACUGGAUACCCAUAACAAGAGAAGUUGAAAAAGAUCAAGAAGGAAUUAAUAUUCCCAGUCAUGCUUGGAGCGCUUACUGUUGCAGGAAUAAAACAGAUUAUAAGAAGCUCAUAGUGAAGACCUACUUAGCUGAGCUAGACAAAUUUAAUCUCAGACGCCCCGACAUUAACAACCUGAAUAGACGACUGACUGGCCUGUACAGUGAUGUGGGAUGUAUAAAAAAGGGGAUACCUUUUAAUGUGUUCCCAGGUUUAGACUUCAAUAAUUAUCAUGUGGACCUCACAGAACCAAGUCAAGUACAAAUCAGAAAUGAUUCCGAUUUAUAAUCUGGAUUAUGUGUCACGAAUGUGCACAAAAUAUCACGUAAUAGCGAAGCACGGUGGUGGGAUCAUAAAAUCAGCUUCUUGGUUGCUUCACUCUUUCUCUUUCUCUCAAUUAAUACUAUACAAGUAAAUAUUGUAACAGAUGCAUAAUUAUUCACCCUGAAACCCUGAAUCAGCUUCCACCAGAUGUAACUGCAUGAAUUAUGUAUGUUAUAUUAUAAUAAUAUAUAAUAUAAUAUAUUAUAUUAUGUUAUUACGUAUGUAUGUAAUUAUGAUGUAAUGAGUAACUGAAUGGAGUUAUUCUGUGUGCAACUGCGACACAUGUCGAGUGUUCAGUGAUCUCAGGAUGCCUGUUGCUGUAAGAACUCAGGGUUCAGAGAACAUAUGAAACAUCUAUAUUUAAUAAAGAAGGUUUAAAAUAUGAUCAUCUCAUCUGACAAGUCUGUGCUUGUGGGAUUCAGUCCAGUAGGGGGAGCUAGUGAACUGGGAACGCAGAAUAAUGUUCAUUUCAUAUGAAAGAUAUUUUCAAUUAAAAAAGCAAAUACACACCCUGACAAAA